AUGUCGAGCUCUUUCGAGGCAACAAAACGUCAAAUCGACCCUCCCGCAGCCAGCCCUUCAUACCGUAUACUUCUUCCUGGCAAAACCUUGAAUCUGUGGGUCGAUGCCAUGUGCGUAGACCAAAGCUGCGGCCGAGAAAAGUCCCACCAGGUUCAAAUGACGGGUCAAAUCUACGAAGCUGCCCGCAAUAUUGGCAAGGCGAACCCUAAAGAGAACGUCUCCUGGGUUUUGAGAGACUUUAUCCCGGAAAUACGGAGGGCGGCUCGCUCAAGCCAAACGACCGCCCUGUUGCAGAAGACUGGGCCCGAGCUGGACCACUUGCAAGUCAUCAAGGCGUUAGGGAAGAGGUUGUGUGAUCGAUGGCGCAACUCAUAUACUGAUUGCUUUGCCUUCUUCCUCAAAAAGCGAUGGCUCACGCGCGGAUGGGUGGUUCAAGAAGCCGCCUUACCCGAGCCCAAGAACAUUGUUUUGCAAUGCGGUAAUGAACAGUUCUCAUGGUCUCGUAUCAACCAGUUAUCAGCUCUUAUAUUAAUGUUUCGCUGUGAUGAUGAGCUCAACGAAUGCCUCAGUGAGCGACUAUCAGACUGUAGAAAAGGACCCGGCACGACCGAUCGCUCGUGGAACCCGAUACAGAAUUCUUUGCCGGCCUUCAGCGGCGACAGCGUCAUCCAGCGAAUGGCUGAUUGGCAGAAUCAUCGUUGGAGAACCGCUACAGAUAGUGAAAUCCGGCAUGCCAAAGUCCUGCACACAUUCCACCGGCUGCGUAUCUAUCAAUUUGAAGAUCCGUUGGACCAUAUUUACGGCGCACUCGGUUUAGCAGCGAUGGCUGUGCCACGGGUUUGAGACGGAUCUGGGACGAGGUGGAGGAGUGGGUGGCAGAUCCAAGGAAGCUGUUUAGGACACACUCGGUCGAUUAUCUUCAGCAUGUUGUGAUAGAAGGAGGUAGAUGGGGGAGUGGAGACAGCACGAUGACUUGACUUGACUUAAUUUUCUGCUCAGCAGCUAUGCUCGUCAAGGUUCGGUCGACAUUAAAGCGCUCCCGGGUGUUUAUCCGGCCUGCUGUUCGCUAUUCCCUGUUGUGCAGUUGUCUGUCCGGAGCUCAUCUUCUUUCCCGCUCAUGGAAGGGCGUCGUUCAUGCUUAUUCGACUAAUCGUGUGGAUGUUGUGUUUUCGUAUCUUUGGUAGAUUGAUGAUGUUUAGACAUUUCUGCGCAGCCAAAGAGGUAGUCACUCAUCGCGGCUGUG